GUGGGAAACUCAUUGGAUUCGCACCAUGCUGAAGUUCGUGAUCUUGUUGUCUGCCGUUGCCUGCGCCCUGGGAGGCACCAUCCCCGAGGGUCUCCUGCCCCAGCUGGAUGGCCGCAUCGUUGGAGGUACCGCCACCACCAUCGCCAGCUUCCCCUGGCAGAUCUCCCUGCAGCGCAGUGGUUCCCACUCCUGCGGUGGCUCCAUCUACUCCGCCAACAUCAUUGUGACCGCCGCUCACUGCCUGCAGUCCGUGUCCGCCUCGUCCCUGAAGGUCCGCGCUGGAUCCACCUACUGGAGCUCUGGCGGCAGCCUGGUCAGCGUGGCUGCUUUCCGCAACCACGAGGGCUACAACGCCAACACCAUGGUCAACGACAUCGCCGUGAUCCGUCUUAGCUCCAGUCUGAGCCUCAGCUCCAACAUCAAGGCCAUCGGUCUGGCUAGCUCUGCUCCCGCCAACGGCGCUGCUGCCUCCGUCUCCGGCUGGGGCACCACGUCCUAUGGAUCCAGCUCCAUUCCCUCCACUCUGCAGUAUGUCAACGUGAACAUAGUCAGCCAGUCUGCUUGCGCCUCAUCCACUUACGGAUACGGCAGCGAGAUCAAGUCCACCAUGAUCUGCGCUGCUUCCAGCGGCAAGGAUGCCUGCCAGGGUGACUCUGGUGGCCCUCUGGUCUCCGGUGGCGUCCUUGUUGGUGUCGUUUCCUGGGGAUACGGUUGUGCUUAUGCCAACUACCCUGGAGUCUACGCCGAUGUGGCUGUCCUCCGGUCCUGGGUGGUCAGCGCCGCUAGCAACAUUUAAGCGAAACCUUGCAAAGUAAAACAAACUUGCUAAAUAUUA